AAUCACUCAAUUGAAAGGACAGAAUUGCAUCGCUUACACAUUUAGUCGUCACCCUCUAAUGUCCACUGUAGGUUGACAUUUUUAAUUUUUGUUGUAUCUAGGAUUGCCUAGAAACAACUUUGAAGACGUUGUCAUUUCCUACAUGGACACGACUGGUUUUCCUACCACGAUGAACGCAAACCGUUACCAUGGCAAUGAUGAUAAUCCCCAUAUCGCGGUUAUGCUACCAGAGAUCUUACGAAGAAUUGUGACCUUCCUCCCCAAAUCCGACCUGCUCACUUGCACUUUCAUCAAUACCACGUGGGAAACCGAAGUUCGUCACCGUCUCCUCAAUUUAUACCGGAUUUCCCUCACCCCAGAAAAUAUUACCGAACACGACAAAAUUAUUAUCACGCGAGGAAACUGCCCCACAAACUUAGAUCUCCACCAAUUUCCUAAUCUCUCCUCUUGUGCAGAUUUCAUUUACAAAAAUGCCCACAAAGUGAAAACCCUGGGGACCCGGUUGGUCAUCCCGGACCCCACGUGGCUCCAAUAUCUGCACUAUUUAUCACAUUCCUUCCCCAAUCUGACCACCCUCAAGUUGACCUUGACCAAACCGAACAGUGCAAUUUUUGACAAUUCCGUUCUUACGUUGACGCCAAAACCGAAUUCCUCAUUUUUUAAAGUUAAGAAGCUUAGUAUUAUCUCGUACCACGUGCCGGGCCAGUCCGCCAAACUUGAGGCCACAAUUUCCUCCAUAAUACCCCAAUUUGUCGCAUUAUUCCCCAAUCUCGAGACCCUCUCCUGUAUCGAAAUUGAGCAAUUGAUGACAGAAAAUUUCCUAAAUUUGGCCACCCCCACCCGCUUGGCCUUAAAACAUGUCGCCUUAACUGAUCCCAUGGGACUAAAUGUCGCCCAUCUAACCCACCUCGACCUUGGUUUCCUAAGCUUAGGGCGGCCAAGGUGAAACAGUGGGUCGAGUUGGGGACAGAG